GAGCCCGGCGGCCCGAGGCGGGGCGCGCGGAUGGAGGCGGAGCCCGGGAGGCGGUGGGCGUGCCCGAGGCGGUGGGCGUGCCCGAGGCGGUGGGCGUGCCCGAGGCGGUGGGCGUGCCCGAGCCGCAGGCGGGGCGGGGCGGCCGCGGGGCUCCGGGCUGGGGCUCCGGGCUGCGCGCCGGGGGGCGGGGGCGGCCGCGUGGGCUGCUGCGCGCGGGACUGUCCUGAGGAGAGUGAUCCAGGGGCGACCCGGGGGCAGGUGCUGAGGAGACUCAUUCCGGGGCGGCCCAGGCUCCGGCGCCGGCGAGUCCGAGGCAGGAGGUUCCGGCCAGUCCCCCAGCCCGCGCGGCCCAGCAUAAGCGACACCGAGGCCCGGCCCAGGAGAGGCCCGGGCGCAGGUGAGACGACGUCCGCACCCGGGGAGACCCCGCGGAGGGGCAGCGGGAGACCCGGGAGGCAGCGGCCGCGGGAGCAGAGGCCCGGGCGCCCGUACCGUGGAACGCAGGUGCCGGGAGCUGAGGGCCGCCCGGGGCGACGGUGGACCGGGGCGACCCCGCUGUGGUGCCGAGGGCAGCGUCCCCGGUCCAUGCUCCGGUCCAGGACCUUGGAGGGCAGAUACAGGGUACAGGAGGCCUUGACCCAGCGCAGUUACAGGGGAGGGGUCGGCGCAGGCAAGCCCAGGCCCAGGCGAAGCCGAGGGACGUCCAUGGGGGCCCCAGGUACAGGCGUUGUUUGUCACUGGCCAGGGGAGGCCCAAGGACAGGUGAAGGGGAGGAAGCCCAGGUACAGUCGGAGGCAAAGUCCACAGCCAGGGAGGCCCAGGGGCAGGUGCCGCAGAUCCAGACCCUGGGGAGGCCCCGCUGCAGGUUGCACGGACGUGCAGACCCAGGAGAGGCCCAGGGGAGGUAAGGGGAGGCCCAGAGAAGUCCCAGGUACAGAUGAAGGGGAGGUCCAGGCCCAGAAGAGGGCCAGGGGAGUCCCAGGUACAGGUGAGGGGAAGGUCUAGGCAAAGCCCAGGGGAGGCUCACGUGUAGGUGAGGACCGGGCAGAGGGGCAUUGUUAGUCUAGACUUAAAGGAUGCACAGUUACAGGUGCAAGAGAGGUCCAGGUCCAGGUGCAGUUCUCAGCAGAACUUCCAGGCAUAGGGGAGACCCAGGGGAGACCCAGGUACAGGUGAGCCCUCGGUAUAACUGACACGGUCCAUCCAGACUUAGGGGAGGCCCAAAUACAGGUUCAAUUGAGGCCCAGAUGUAGGUGAUGUGGUCGUCCAGACCCAGGGAUAAUGAGGUAUAGGGGAAGGGGAAGCCACGACCCAGUGGAGGUCCAAGGGACAUUUAGACAGAGGGCAGGCACAAGUCCAAUUGAAGGGAAGGUCCAUUUCAGGAGAAGACCAGGUACAUGUGAGUAGGAGGCCCAGGGGAGAUGAGGUCCAGGGAUAGGUACAGGGGAGGCCCAGAAGUGCAUGAGGCCCAGGUACAGAUGCGGUGGUACUCCAGGUACAGGUGCAGGAGAGGUCCAGACUCAUGGGAGGGUCAAGGGAUGUCCAGGUAAAGGUGCAAGGGAGUCCAGACCCAGGUGAGGCCCAGGGAUAGCCCAGGUAUAGCCCAAAGCAGGUGAGACCCAGAUACUCUUUCAGGGGAGGCCCAGGCCACAGGAGGCCCAGGGGAGUCUUAGGUACAGAUGAAGGCCAGGUAUAGGUGGGUUGGUAGUCCAGACUCAGGAAGGCCCAGGUUCAGGUGCAGGGGAGGUCUAGGCCAAGGGGAGGUCUGUGGGAAAGUACAGUCCCAGGAGAGGCCAAGGUGCACCUAAAGAAGAGGUCCAGACCCAGGGCAGACCUAGGUUAAGGUGCAGGGAGGGUUUAUACCCAGUGGAGGCACAGGUGUAGGUGAAGGGGAGGCCCAGGCAGAGGGGAAGAGCAGGGGAGGCCCAGGCACAGGUGAUGUGUAUUCCAGGAAAAGGGUAGGCCCUGGCCCGGGUGCAGGUGAGGCCCAGGUAUAAGUACACAGGGGCUCACAUGGGGGAGGGGUGCUGAGAGAAGGCCAGGUGAGGCCAAAGAUCAGUUGAGGCCAAUGUGCAGGUGCAGGUGCAGCCCAGGCCCAGGGAUAGCCCAGUUUCAGAUUAUGCUCAGGUGCAGAAGAAGUGGUACUCCAGACCCGAGGAGGCCCAGGAAAGGUGAGAGGAGGUCCUGACAAAGGAAUGGUCCAGGGGAAGCCCACGAACAGGUGAGGUCUACGUAAAGGAGCAGAGGAUGUCCUGACCUCAGGGAGGCCCAGUUACAGGUGAAGGAGAGGUUCAGUCUCAGGGGAGGUCCGAGUGCAGGUGCAGGGGAGGCCCAGGCAGAGGGGAGGCCCAGGGGAGCCCCAGGAGCAGGUGAGGCCCAGGUGCCCUCCUGCACACCUGACUGGGGUUGCUGCCAGAACUCCAGAGCCCCCGUGAGGGUGACGUUUGCUGGGGCUGCUCAGGACCCUCACCUUCUCCCGAGGCCCCCGAAGUCUUACCUCUCUGUCCUUCCAGUGGCCCCUGGGCUUAGACUACGUUGUGAAUGUGGGUGAUUCUGAGCGGGUUUACGUGCUUUCCUCUGGACAUCGUUGUCUCUCAUCCCUUCUCUUGACCGCCAGAACUUCUAGAGAGGGCUGCCCAGGGCCUGGCCAACAUUGGCGCCUAUUUGUCUCAAGUUCCCCAUGGGAUUCUGGAGCUGGAGGGCUGGCCCUCUGUUGGACCCCCCGCACCAACUGCCCAUAUCCUGUGGGGUUCAGGCUUUGACAUCACUGCUAUCUGGCAGAUGGGGAGGGCCUCUCUGAGUCUUGUCCCUCCUGUGGUGCUCAUCUUCUCUGCCCAAGGGGCCCAUGUUGGUGCCUUUGCUCCUUCAUCUUCUGGGGGGUGUUGGCUCCCUCUGGGUCCCUGACCCUCCCCUGAGUUCAGUCCCAGAGCUUGGUGGGGCUCCCAGCACCACGAGUGGUCAGUGUUGAAAAGGUAUUUCCACUG